UAUUAUUAUUUCCACCAAAGCCACAAAAAAAAAUUCACGGUCCUUGCUUUUCAGUAAAGCUAAUGCUUACGACUCUAUCAAACCUCUCACUUUUUCUUCUUCAUCCAAUCUUCUUCUGUCUUCCGACAAGACAACCUUCUCAUACUUGGAUUCCGAUACAACAAUUAGUUUAAUCCAACGAUCCAACUACGGGACAAUGACAAGGGUGACACGAGAUUUCAGGGAUUCAUUACACAAAGAAGUGGUUCCAGCAGCAGCAGUAUCAGCAGAUGUGAGAUUCGCAUCAAGUAGAUUCCCAAAUUAUAGAAUUGGGGCUAAUGACCAGAUCUUUGAUGUGAAAGAUGACCCUAAAGUGUUGUCAAUGAAAGAGGUUGUUGCCCGUGAGACAGCGCAGCUCAUGGACCAGCAAAAGCGUAUGUCUGUUCGCGACCUCGCCAAUAAAUUCGAGAAAGGCUUGGCUGCUGCUGCUAAGCUCUCCGAGGAGGCGAAACUCAAAGAAGCAACAUCCUUGGAGAAACAUGUUCUUUUAAAGAAACUUCGAGAUGCAUUGGAGUCUCUGAGAGGACGUGUUGCCGGUAGAAAUAAGGAUGACGUUGAGGAAGCCAUUGCCAUGGUCGAAGCUCUAGCUGUUCAGUUGACUCAGCGUGAAGGAGAGCUGUUCAUAGAAAAAGCCGAAGUGAAGAAGCUGGCCUCUUUUUUGAAGCAGGCCUCAGAGGAUGCUAAGAAAAUAGUGGACGAGGAAAGAGCUUUUGCGCGUGCUGAGAUUGAAAGUGCAAGAGCAGCUGUUCAAAGAGUGGAAGAAGCUCUGCGAGAACAUGAACAGAUGUCUAGAGCCUCUGGGAAGCAGGACAUGGAAGAUUUAAUGAAAGAGGUUCAAGAAGCUAGGCGGAUUAAAAUGCUGCAUCAGCCCAGCAAGGUAAUGGAUAUGGAAUAUGAGCUCCGAGCAUUGAGGAACCAGCUUGCAGAGAAAUCCAAACAUUUUCUUCAACUUAAAAAGAAGCUGGCACUGUGCAGAAAGAGCGAGGAAAAUGUAUCACUUUUAUACGAAAUAGAUGGCAAUGAAGCUCUAGGUUCUUGCUUACGGGUCAGACCUUGCUCUGAUGAAGCUCCUGAUCUUUCAAAAUGUACGAUCCAGUGGUACCGUUCAUCUUCUGAUGACACCAAGAAGGAGCUUAUAUCAGGUGCCACAAAAUCAGUUUACGCUCCUGAGCCUUUUGACGUUGGACGAGCCUUGCAUGCUGAUAUCAUUUACAAUGGCCACACGCUUUCAUUAUCCACCGUGGGAAAGAUCGAUCCAGCUGCUGGACUGGGUAGCUAUGUGGAGGCAUUAGUACGAAAACACGAUGUUGAUUUCAAUGUAGUAGUGACGCAAAUGAGUGGGGAAGACCAUACAUCAGAAUCUAUCCACUUGUUUCACGUUGGUAAAAUGAGGAUAAAACUUUGCAAGGGAAAGACGGUGAUUGCUAAAGAGUAUUACUCUAGUGCUAUGCAGCUAUGUGGAGUGAGAGGAGGUGGGAACGCGGCAGCUCAGGCAGUGUAUUGGCAGGCAAAGAAAGGAGUGUCCUUUGUGGUUGCUUUUGAAUCUGAGAGAGAAAGAAACGCUGCCAUCAUGCUUGCACGCAGAUUCGCUUGUGAUUGCAAUGUGACGCUUGCUGGCCCAGAGGACAGAACCGAGACGAGUCCUAACUGAGAGGUUUAUGUUUUUGUAGUUUAUAUAUAAUAUAGGGGGUUUAGGGAUUUGUUUGAAUUGAAGUUUCUUGUCUGUUUUGUGUGUAAAAAAGAAGGAAUCAGAGAAGAUGUAUCUUUUUAUAUAACGGAUGUGGUUUGUUUUGUUUACAAUUGAGGAGCAUAACGGAUGUGUUUUUUUCUUA